GACAGUUGACGUCUGGUAAACAUAACCUAAAAACUUUUUAAUGUUUACUUCUGUAAAUAUAAUUAAAAUACUGUUAUUUCUAUUGUUAUUAUUCAGUUAAGUAUACCAAAAUGUCAAUCGAUGCUUAUUUUUGUUUUUGCUGUUUAUCUACCAAUGAUUUAAUAAAUUUAUACAGUGACAAACCAGACACAAACUACGCCGAAAUGCUAAAAGAUCUUUAUUCUAUUCUUCCUUUACAAGAAGAUUACGAAGAUGAUAGUUUCGUGUGUGAAGAGUGUGCCCGGGCGCUGCAGGAGGCACGGAAGUUCAGGCGCCAAGUUUUUGACACGCUCAAUGCUCUGCAGGUUAAUGGAUUAAUUGAACUGGAGACAUCAGACAAAUGUACAAUAGUAAGGAAGGUCUCCGGAGAAUUUGUUUUAGAAGCAGAUGUCAAAUAUAAUGUUGAUAACAAAACGCAGAUAGAAGAAGAUAAACAAGAUCUAAAACAUCCAGACUCAACAGAAAGAGACAAAGCACAACCCAUCAUAGCACUAGAAAGAGAGAAGCGCAUCACAGUAGCCCGGAAACGGAAGAAAGAGCCAACUGUCAAGAAUGAGGUACAAUAUGAGGUCACGGAAGAUUUCAAGUGUGUCGAGUGCGGGAUGGUGAUGCCUAACGCAUACGUGUACCAUGCGCAUAUGAAUAAGCACUUCCCCAAUCAUAUUUGUGAAACUUGUGGGAAAGGUUUCCUGACGAAAAAGAGACUCAAACGCCACAUGCCGUCUCACAUCAAAGGCCCGUUCAAAUGCGAGCAGUGCGACGCGGAGUUCCACAACUACAACUCUUUGAAUUCACACAGACAACGCAAGCACAAGUCCGUGGAGCUGUACGCGUGCCCGCACUGCCCGUCGCGCUUCCCCACACUGACGCGGCGCGCGCGCCACCUGGCCGCGCGGCACGGCGCACGCGCACCGCACACCUGCUCCGUCUGCUCCAAGGACUUCUUGCUCGCAGGAAACCUGUCGACUCACAUGCGGAACAAGCACUUCAAGGAGAAGCGUCACUUCUGCGUGGAGUGCGGCGCCGGAUUCUUCCAGAAGCAGGAGCUGCGCGGGCACAUGGCGGCGCACACUGGCGCCAACGACUACCAGUGCGCGCUCUGCGACAAAAGUUAUCCUCGCAAGAAGGCGCUGGACGUCCACAUGAGGGGCCACCGCGACGAGCGGCGCUUCCACUGCGACCUCUGCGGCAAGAAGUUCCUGCAAAAAUGCACCUUAAUUACACACGCUAAGACUCACAAUCGGGACGGGCAGAAGCUUGACACUUUAUAA